UCUCAUUCUCCACCUACCAAAUUAACCCUAUAUAGUUUCUCUGAAUUUGACCAUCGUUUUUCACACCAUAUUACUACUCAAUAGUACAACUUCCAAACUCAAGCCACUCAAUAAAUAAGAAGAACAUCUCAAUUCUAUGCUAGUAGUUUGUUUCACCAACUAGUACACCAAACAUGUCUUCUAUAACUCUCCCCUUAUGCCUCUUCCUCCUCAUCCUCUCCACCUCCUCUCCAUCCAUCACUAGCCUGGAAUCCGACUCCGAUUCUCCAACAGUCUACGAAAUCCUACAGGAAUACAAUUUUCCUGUAGGACUUCUCCCAAAAAGCGUAACAAGGUACGAAUUCGACAGAACUACAGGCAAUUUCGCUGUUUACUUGAACAAAUCAUGCAGUUUCAGUAUAAGUGGUUACACUCUCAAGUACAUGAGUAAAGUUACUGGUAAAAUUUCAAAGAAUCGGCUUUCGAACUUGAAAGGUGUACAAGUGAAGCUGCUGUUGUUUUGGAUUAAUAUUGUUGAAGUUACUCGUGAUGGUGAUGAUAUUGAUUUCUCUGUUGGAAUUGCUUCUGCUGAUUUUGGGGUUGAAAAUUUCUAUGAGUCACCACAGUGUGGAUGUGGAUUUGAUUGUGUGAAUUCUGAAGAAUAUGGUUACGGUGAGUUCAAUUUGAAGAAACUUAUCUCUUCUUUUUAAAUUCGACUGUAAAUUGUGGGGUUGUAGAAGUGAGUUCAGUAUGAAAUUAUGGUCAUUUUGGAAUUAGGGUAAGUCAAUUUGUAUAUUCAGAAUCCCACGGAACUGGAGCCUGAAGCAUAUGCUUUUUAUUGUCUUAGCUCUUUUGGAAGGAUAUUAUUAUCUUAUCAAUCUAGUAGGUACUAGUUUUUACUCAUGGAGUUGAAAUAAAAAUUAGUUUUAAACA